AUGAAUGCUAUUAAGAUCUUCAUGAAAGGAAAUCCAAUUCCUACCUUGCUUGGAGACACUUACUACUCCAUUCAUCUAAGGAACUCCUAUGGAAAGGGAAUGGUUACUUGUUGUACUCCUUUGUUGUACAAGUGGUACAUCUCUCACCUGCCUGACACCUAUGAGUUCCGAAGUUACAAAGAAGGACUAAAAUGGUCACACAAGAUUAUGACUCUCACCAACACUGAUAUUGUUUGGACUAACAAUCACUUUUGUAGGAUGAAGACUUUGGAUUGUUGUGGUGAUUUCUCUAAUGUGCCCCUCAUUGGUACAAAAGGAGGAAUUAACUAUAGCCCUGUUUUAGCUCGUCGUCAAUUUGGGUUUCCUAUGGACAAAAAGCCGAGGAACAUUUUAUUGGAUGAUUUUUUUCUUGAAGAAAGAGUUGCAAACAAAGAGUUUAGGGAAAGGAUUGCUAAUGCUUGGCAUCCAAGUGAUAGAAAAGAAAUUAAAUAUUGGAAGACAAAAGGAGACCUCUCACCUGAGCCCUUUAGUAGCUGGGUUGGUUCAAGAGCUACUGAACUUAAGAUGCCUAUUCUCCCUGGAACAUCUAUACCUCCUGUUGAGAAGUAUAUCCCACCUGUUGUGGUUCCUUCAACAAUUGAAGAUCCCCAAGAAGCCCUAAGGAAGAAUUGGAAGUCAAGAGAUCAUUGGAGGAAGAAGUUUGAGUACUCAGAAGAUGAAAUAGGAAUGAUGGAAGAAUCCUAUGGUGAAGAAGCAUUUUGA